AUGACGAGACCUCACAUUAUUCGCGCUGACACCAUCGAUCUGCAAAAUCCUGACGCACCGUCAGCGAAAGACCACUCUAGGGCGCCCAACGGCUCAUUUGGUCCGCACCAGGCCGAGACUCUUCGAGAAGUCGCCCAGGAAUCCGCCGAAGAUCAAGCACGCAGCCCGAGGCUGUCCUGGACCCACGCCGGCGACGACGACGAUAUCUCCGACUCUGACGAUCUCGCGGGAGACGUCUCCAGGAAGCUCACUGGUGGCACAAUGGACGACGCAAGCAAAAAACAACAGCAGCAAGAUGCGCUGGCUGUCGCACAAAACGGAGGCGUGUCGGACGACGGAAACAUGGACGACACCGACGAGAGCAUGGACGACGAUGACAUGAUGGACAAGAUCUCGAGUUCCCCCUCGAUUGAAGAUGAGAUCGCGGCACCCCCGUUUCCCCUUCGUUUAUCGAGGCAAGGUCCUCUUCUCCUUAUACCGAAUCCCUUGAAUACCCUCCAGCACACCUCUCUUGGCAGCAUAGCAAGGCUUCUGCCAGCUCAUACACCCGUCAUCAUCUUCGCGCAAACUGACGAAUACUGCGACAACGAGCAACACUGCGAUGAAUGUUACGACGAGCGUGAUUGGCAGGACGAAAACGACGAGAAUCAUACAGCGGAGUUUGGUAUUCAGAGCGUCGCACAGCAUGGGCCCAUUGUGGUUAGUCCGCUUCGCUUGCGCAAAUUUGGGGAACCAAUUUACGACGACUUUGCUCAGCGGCGUGCAGAGAUGGAGAGGGCAGAGAGAGACGAAGCAGUUGGUGGACUCGACGACGACGGCAUCCCGCUUACGAUUCCUUACGAACCCUCCAAUGAAGAAGAUGAUGAUGACGGCGAUGUUUCUCUUAUUGAUGAUUCUAGAUAUAUUGCCUGCGGUUGGGGCAACGAGUGCUUACACGAAGCAGAGGACAUCGAUUUCGAAUUCGUCUAUGCGUUGCACACCUUUGUUGCAACUGUCGAAGGCCAAGCGAAUGCUACCAAGGGCGACACCAUGGUAUUGCUGGAUGACAGCAACAGCUAUUGGUGGCUGGUCCGUGUGGUGAAAGACAGCAGCAUUGGCUAUCUGCCGGCAGAGCACAUUGAGACGCCAACCGAGAGAUUAGCGCGCUUGAACAAGCACAGGAAUAUAGACGUAGUCGCUCCCUCCAUGGAAGAGAUGAACCUUUCUGACUUAGAUCAGCUUUCCGCUACAAUGCUCGGAGAUCAGUCUGGAGAAAAGUCCAAAAGCACUUUCAAAACUGCUCUGAGGAAGAAAAAGAAGACGGUCGCGUUCGCCGCACCGACUUUUGUCGAUUAUUCUGACUAUGAUUACUCGUCUGACGAGGAUGAAGUUGAUGAGCUUUUGUCUCAACAAGAGGGUGCUCAACAGCAGCAGCAGCAGCAGCAACAACAACAAACAUCACAACAAACAUCGCAACAAUCGACAGAGGAAACUAUGGAUGACGACACGGCCAAGGUGGAACCACUGAAGCCAAGGACAACGAAGGAGGUGAACGCUGCGGAACCGACUAAGAAAGAGGAGGCAUCAGAGGACGACUCGAAACGCGACAGCGGCGAAAUCUUUGAGAAGCCAGAAGGUCCCAGCAGGUCGAGGAACGGCACCGUCAGGAAUACCGACUCUUUCUUUAAGGACGAAACGGUCGAGACCAAGAAGAUCACGCUUACGCCUAAUUUGCUUCGUGAUGACAGCGGCUCGCGACCCUCGACGACGGAAAGUGUCCAGGUCAAGCAACGACCAAGUUUGGACAAGAUGGACAAGGAGCUGCAGCCGGAUAAGAAGGAAGACAAGAAGAAGAAGGACAAGAAGGAGAAGGAAAAGAAGACGAGCACCAUUCGGAGUUUCUUCUCGCGUAAGGACAAGAAGAAGACUACGGACGACGACGAUGAGUCUUUCGGCAAGAGAUCGAUGGACACUGUUACAGAAUCUCAAGACCGGGAGAGCCGCGAGAGCCGUGAGAGUCGGGAAGAGGAGCUUCAGGAACCGUUGUCCCCGAGAGGCGAUGGCCCUCAACGGAACCCCAGCAAGCUGCAGAAGCAACAGCCGAGAGUCGAGCCGUCUCCUGCGAGGAACAACGGGGCUGCGACGCCGCAAAAGUCUGCCACCAGGGAACUCUCCGAAUUCAUAUCCUCUGAAGGCCGCCCCAACAAUGUUUCGAACAUGCCUCCUGCUUCCAUGCGCAUCGUCGAGGAUGAUUCAUCGGACCCGGAGCUUUCCGGUCAACAGCAGCGGAUCAAGUCUCCCGAGACGACUCGGUCACCACCCCAAGAAAGGUCGACGCUAUCCAAGAUCAUGCCGUCGAGGAGUGGCAAUAGCGAACCAAAGCCGCAAAAGGUCACCAAGGCCAAGUCUCGCGUCGAGCUUGAUGACUUUGACUCUUCCGGGGAAGAGGUUGAACCUGCUGAGCCACCUGUGCAGCAGCAAGCGCACCAGAUUGUCAGAGAGGAGAAACUGGAACGACCUUUGCCUGGAGCGUUCCCUGACAGCUUUAUGAGCUCCAUUAGUGGUGCUAGCGCCCAGACUGACAAGACAAUUACUCCUACGCAAUCUCAACAGCCUCAGUCGCAACCCACCGCUGUGGAACGCCAAAAGGAGAGACUUUCCGAAUCUCCCGUGCAAGUGUCGCCGGUCACCUCGCGCAACCCUCCUGCGCUCAUGGUGGACACUUCCAGUCAAGAAGGCCACUCGACGUCGCCUUCGCCAGAGCUCAUUGAUGCUGAGGAGGCAGGCAGACAUCGCGCGCAAGACUCGAUGACUGCCAGCUCGACGUCCACGGGUGGCAGCACUACUGGUAGCAGCUGGAAUGACGCAAAGCUUCGGGCCUUCUUCGAUUCAAGCUCGGAUAUACGAGACAUGCUGGUCGUUGUUUACGACAAGAGCGAUGUGGCGCCUGCUGGGCCGGAACACCCCGUUGCAGGCUCUUUGUUCCGCGAACAAAAUGCCAAGUUAGCGGAAAUUACGACUCAACUUGACAACAUGCUUGGUGACUGGCUAGCACGCAAGCAAAGACUUCGAGGCACUGUGUAA